AUGGCUAUAAUUGAAAGCACCUCUGUGUGUUUAGUUGUCGCGGUAUCCCUCGUCGGCUAUUAUAUUUAUAAAUGGAUAGUUUAUCCAUUAUAUUUAUCCCCUUUAUCUAAAAUUCCUGGUCCUCGUCCCGACCAUUUUCUGUUGGGAAAUUUGUUGAAAAUUGUUAAACCAGAGAGUGGAGUAGAGUGGGCAGAAAAAUAUGGCACCGUAUACAGGUGCUAUGGAUUAUUAAAUGUACCAAAAGUUUUUAUUCUCGACGAAAAAAAUAUUCAAAAAGUACUUGUUAGUGAUGCGUAUGCUAAAUUUGGUAAAAGGAAAGGAUUUCUAGGAUUUUUAAACAGGAUUCUUGGAGAAGGCAUUUUGGCGGUAGAUGGUGACGUACACAAGAGACAACGUAAACUGAUGAAUCCGUCAUUCGGUCAUAAUAAUAAUAGUAUUAGGGAUAUGAUACCAGCAUUUACAAGGGUUUCUAAUACAUUGAAAGAUAUAUGGAAAUAUGAAAUAAAGAACAGUCAAAAUUUUAAUAAUGAUAUUGAUAAAAAAAGUGCAAUAAUUGAUGUUGGUCAUUAUAUGGGAAGAGUAUCUUUGGAUGUUAUUGGCAUAGUUGGGUUUGAUUCUGAAAUAAAUUCUUUGACAAGAACAUCAAGGCUUGCAGACACAGUAAACACUCUUUUGGAUAACAAAUAUGGGUUAGUGUAUAUUUUAUUAUCAUUUGUUUUACCCAUAUUGAGAUUGCUGCCAUUAAAAAUAAAUCAAGAUAUCGAAAGUGCUUCAAUUGAAAUUGAAAAAAUUACAAGGAAAUUGGUUCAAGAUAAAUUUGAUGAAUUGAAAAAAGGUAAAUUGGAUAGCAAUGACUUGGUAAGUAUUUUGGUGAAGGCUAGUUAUGGACAGGAAAUAGAUAAAAAUGAACAAAUGAGUUUGGAAGAAAUAAGAAAUCAGAUUAUGACAUUUUUGGUUGCAGGAUAUGAGACAACUGGUGUUAUAAUGGCUUGGGCAUUGUAUUAUUUGUCCAAAGAUCAAGAAAUUCAAGAUAAACUCAGAAAAGAGAUUGUUAAAGAAUUUCCUGAUAAAGAUUUUGAGCCAAAUUUUGAUCAAAUCAAUUCCAUGGAAUAUUUAAAUGCAGUUUGUAAAGAAACUCUUAGAAUUGCCCCUCCAGUUUCACUUUUGAAUCGUACAACAAAAGAAGAUGUCAUGAUUGGUGGAUAUCUUGUUCCAAAGGACACACCAAUUUUCGUGCCAAUUUAUCAAAUUCACCAUUUGGCAUCAAUUUGGGGUGAUGAUGUUGAAGAAUUUAAUCCAUCACGUUGGUUUACAGAAAAGGUUAAGGGUCUUUCUCAUUACAAUUAUCUUCCAUUUUCAACUGGACCAAGAUCAUGUAUUGGUAGUAAGCUUGCAUUAAAUGAAGUGAAAGUUGUCUUGUGCAUUUUAUUAAGAAACUUCCAGUUCCAUGAAGUCGAAGGUUUCAAAGUUACAAAUAAUACAUCAACAACUCCAUCAUUAUCAUCUCCAAAACGACAUAUAUUAAAUUGUUUGGUACAAAAUGAACCUGAUGUAUUGGUAGUUGAUCCAAGGAGAAUGACUAUUGUUUUACGUAGUCAAGAUGAUGCACAAGCUAGAAGACAACCAGAAGAUUUGGUAUAUAAUGAGGAACAUGAAUUGAAUAAAUAA